AUGCCCACCUUCCGCCCACCCCUCUAUCACACCUCUGAGGUCAUCACGGCCGACUCCACCUCGACUCCGUACGCCCGCUUGACAUUCUCCGUCACGCCCGAUAACGAUCAAGGGGUUGACGGGGUGUAUCAGCUCUGGACUGAUCUGCCCAAUCUUGAUGCUCAGGGAUCUCCCCAGUGCUCACCUGGAGAAUGGCACGAAAUCAACUUUGUCGCGGUUCCUACCCCAUCCCCCCGGCCCGCCUCGUCAGCCGGAAUCUCUCUCAACCCUAUCCUCCCCCCGCCUACAUCGUCCGCGCUCUACGCCAUCAUUCAUGUUCCGGCAACUCCCGCUACGUACUCGUACACUCUCCGACAGGCCAAGGCGUCCGGCGAGAUUGUCUGGCUAGGCUCGGACGGGUCCAACGGGACGGUCGUUGUCAAGCAGGGCGAGAUGUCGGAGGAGGCGGUGGUAGAGUCAGGACCAUGGGACGGGACUUCGAAAAGCAUGGAAGGGAUCGAAUGGAGGGGUGUAGCUUUGGCCAUGGACUACUAUGACUACUUCUCCACCCCCUCUAUCGUCCAGCUACCCACGUCAGAGUCCUUCAAGGCCAGCCUCAUCCUCGCGCUUGGUAUCAGACCCAUCGAUUCUCUCCCCUUCUACCACUCUGCCUCCGACAUAUCCGCACCCUCGUCCAGCAUCGCCCGGAACGUCGCUUUAGCAGUAGCGAGCGCCGCCAAAAAGUCUUUGGACGUCCCGGCCGGCUCUAUCCUCCCCGACAAGUCCCGUCAAGGCACAUUUGGCCGGUCCGAGUCUGGGCAGCUCACCUCCGCAAUCCUCAAAGCGCUUAAGGAGCAGUCAGAGCCCACAUUCAAGCUCGUCGAGUCGGGCGAGUCUCAUGUCCUCCUCGCGCCGACCAAGGCGGAACGGACCACCAACGCCGAUCUCGUCCUUCUCGCUUACUCUGCCGAACAGGCUCGGGCGGUCAGUAUCAAGGCGCCUGCCCAGCUGGACUCCACUAGCCCUAUUCUCGCUCAGGUAGCGGCUUCGAGGCAGGUCCUGCGCUCGGCGGGAUCGGUCGACCUCAACCUCGGUUCAGGACUCUCUGCGGAGGUCGUGCGCUUUACCGAGAUGUCGGAGCUGCGCGCUGCGGGCGGAGAGGGCUCUAUCUGGAUCUGUGCGCCCAGCGCUCGAUCGGUCCAGGUCGGAGAGGAGGAGGUUGGAGAAAUUACCUCGGAGGCUGUCGCUGCCGAGGCGGAUGAUGUCGAGAUCAUCGGGGACCAGCCGACCGCCGACGCUCUCAACGGAGACGCGCACCGUACGCCCGAGGUCUCCAAGUCCAGUCUGGCUCCCGGACCAGCUAGCGAGGCGGACACGGAGGCUACACAGCAACGCUCCGUUGCGGAAUCGGAGUAUGAGGCAGGGGACGAGGACGACUCGGCGGUCACGUCCAAGCCGGCCAAGAUGGAGAGCUUUUGGCUUCUGCGGAUGCUGGAUUCUUUCCUCGUACGGAUCUGGUCUUGGAUCUUCCAGUCCUCUCAGGCGCCGGCGUUGCCGAGACGGGAAGAAAGGCGGAUCACCGAUGGGGAUGCGCAAGAAGGGACGGACGCGGAGAAUGCAGAGGCACCAGUACCGAAUGAGCACACCCCGCUCUUGACCACUCCCGGACUCUCCCGCUCCACCUCAUCCACGUUCAACAGCCCUCUCGCGAGCCCCGAGGCACCUCUCAACGUCAAGGCCACCCAGACGCUCGACUCUCUCACCAAGCGCCUCACGGAUGACGAGGCUACCACCCCCAAGCAAGCCGAGCGGGCGCAAUACUACCCCGCUGGCUCAGUCGCUAUCCGCUCCUACACCCAGUUCACAUUCGCCUCUUCCCCGCCUUUCACCUUCUUCCUCCCCUGUUCCGACCGCGAGUCCAGCACCGAGGGAUGGCAGGAUAAGCUCAGGUUCAGCUGUAAGACCCAGACGGCCACCGAAUGGGCGGCGGCCGAGGUUGAGCUCAAGGGCGAGGAGGGGGGUGCGGUGGAGGUCUGCGUGGGGCAGGGGCAGAAGGCGGACGAAGGUGGGGUGUGGGAGGUCCAGGUGGAGCGACUCUAG